AAUCCUACAGAAUUUUUCUUUCGGUUUUGAUUUCAAGGCUGAAAUGGCUUCAGGUUCAGUGAAUGAUCUGAGGAUUGUUCUGCUAGGAAAGAAUGAAUCCGAAAACAAUGAAGUCGGAAACAUUACACUUGGUACUACAGUGUUUCAGAGUAAAGCUCCAUCUUAUUCACAAUAUCUCAGUGAAAUAAUCAGUGGAACGGUGGAGAAGAAACGCAUCACAGUCAUCAACACUCGACUGCUGCAGCCGCAUCUCUUACAGCAUCAGAUAAUAAAGGGAGUAAGAGAGUGUGUGUCUCUGUCUGCUCCAGGACCUCAUUCGAUAGCACUUGUACUGCAGUAUAAGGACUUCACAGAGGAGGACAUGAGAAAAGUGAAUUUUGUGCUGAGCCACUUCAGUAAACAGGCCAUUAAGCACACUAUAGUGGUGACAACUGAUGAAGACACAAUUACAUCCAAAAUCACUUCUAAGAUAUGGAAUAAUGCUAUUUAUAAUUUAAUAAAGGUGUGUGGAGGAGGACAUCUUAAGUUUGAUUCAAGAAACUCAGGAUGGCGCUCCGAGAUGUUGAAAAGGACAGAGGAGAUACUCAAGAAAGAACAUGAAGAAUUUCUCAUCUGUAACAUGUAUGAGGAUGGAGAUGAUGGAUCAUCAGUGGAUGAAAAUCUGAGCAGAUCUGGAGGUUCAGUCAGAGAAGACGACAAAGAGGAGGAUCCUGUUGAGAGCACAAAAACAGGACGUGAUGGGGGAGGUUUGUCAAAGCGUUAUUUUUCUGAACAAUACUUCUAAGAAUAUGAUCAUGAAAUACUUUUUUGCUUACAGUGAGUGCAGUAGAGACAGGAAAU